UGCAUACAAGUAUGAGUACUAACUAGCACCAGCAUGUAAGGACAGGCAUGCAGCACAUCUUGUACAACAAUAGGAUGCAUGUUUCAUCUACAUGUACGAGUAUGUAGCGGCAUUGAUCAGCGCCAUAACAGACCACGUAGAUGCCCGAUAGCAGGGGUUGGAGUUGGACCGUCCAAAACUGAACAGAAACCUAAACCUGAUACCACCUCGCCUCGCCUCACCUCGAGUCUGAAGCUCUGCUUUGCUCUCCAGGUUUAAACGAUGUCCAUACAGUAGUCACGCCUGUCUUCUCUGACCGCAGUGGGCCACCACUAGAUGCCCUUCUCCAAGCACUUGUGGC